GUUUUGCCGCAUACACUAGUUUUCCUAUGACCCUUAACUGGGGGGUGCCACUGCAUGCUCAAAUUUACCCGGCAGCUUGGCAGAAUACUGCUGACCCUUUGAAACUAUAAUAGUAGGUGUCUGUAUCCCCACAAGUGUCCGUAAUACAAGAAUUUCCCAGCAUUUGUAAUUAAGUCAGCAGCUCAGGCGGGCACGUUAAGGUUGGAACUGAAUAGUGAAGUUAACAUACAGUAUUUGGACACUGGCUAAGUGGCUGUACUCGGUUGGUAUAACUUGAUUUAUUGCAAGCGACAGUUUCAGAGAGAUUUCCUCCAUGUCAGGCACUAAAAGAGUAGUAACACCUACAAACAAUGCAGUCAAUUAUUUAUAUAUCCCUUUGGCUGCGGGCCAUUACCCUAAGCUGAAUAAAAUCGUCUGGUGCUAGCUAGACCAAAACGGAAAGUGUGGGAAUCGCAGCAAAAAGGAUAUACAAGGUUAAGGUUUUGUGUGUAAUGAAAAAAAAAAAUAAAUCAUAGGCUAUUUUGGGGGGUAGGUUUGGGGUGCGGGAUGCAAUGGAAUUGUCACUGUAGUUCCCGACGUGGCAACUCUGGCUCCACCAGGCAGUCCGGGUUGAACCGUGGUGGAGAGAGGAUGGACCUACUCGGCGCUACUAUCGUCCAGACAUAAGCGCCCUCCCUGCAAACAAAUGUUUACUCGUCACUUCUUUGCCCGCUUGGUUUGUUUAAUGUGUAACAAAAACAAACAAACAUUCACGUCUUCAGGGUGGUUUGUAGAAGUGUGUGGUUACAGUGUUGGCGUGUGUAUUGCUGUGUAGAGCAUGACAAUUGUCGAAAAUUACCCUGGACGAUCCCUCGCCCUAUAGCCCUUCUUUCAACACAACCUACGUUAAAUCAUGACGCAAGGAAAACUACAAGACUUGACCAGCGACCUGAAGAACGUGUCCAAGGAGUGAGUCAGCUCAAGACGAGUGGUGAGGAGUCACUUGAAGACGUGGAUGGCACGUGGAUGGCGGAUUAGUUCAAGACGUGAGCAGUGAGUCAGUUCAAGACGAGUGGUGAGUCAGUUCAAGACGAGUGGUGAGUCAGUUCAAGACGUGAGCAAGCAGUGACUGAAUCUCCAUCCUCAAAUAAGUCAUGAAUCGAAACACAAGUCGAGGCGUCGCUCAGGAAGACAGAUCAAGUCACGGGCCACGUGUGAACCUUCCAACAAAUGGUUCAUAUAUCCGGAGCUUCGAUGGUUCACUCUGGCUACCGUAAGAACCAAGAGACUACCACUGCUCUUUGGUUCAGUGUUGGAUGAACCCCUCAAGUGUGAAGAACCAAAGACAAUCACUCCCAUAAUGGCUUUCUUCAUUAUUGUAUUGAUGUAAUAAUAAAACGCAAUAACCUGAAGCGUAAGACAUCGUCAUUAGUAUUAACCAACCAAACCAAAGACAUGAACGAGACUCCGACAGGCAACAUAAAUCUACAGGUGAAGACAUAAACGCCUCCCUAGUAGAUAUAAGACAUCGAUGCAAGAAGAACUUGAUAAGAUAUUGAUGCAGAAGAACGCCCUCUGACAACCUCACGAUCAUCACACCAACCCCACCACCAAGAUGCCGUUCGGAACGAGACAGAGUGAGCGGUAUGAGCUGAACGGGACAGGGCAGCUCCAGCGGGACAGGACCUACGGCAGCAUAGUGAGGGACCGGACCUACGGUAGUAUCGGCAGCUACUCCAACGUGGACCCCGAGGCGCACUGUAACUUCAUCAACGAGGACGAUCUUGACUUCCACCACGGAGGCGAUUCAGACAGCUGGCGGAGUAGCGGUGGGCUGGGUCAAACGCGUCCUUCUACCCAGAACAUACAAGAAGACGCCACCACCUUCUUCAGGGACGGCAGGAGAAGAAUCGACUACGUGCUGGUUUACGAGGAUGUCGCGGGAACCUCUCGUAGGACUGGCCGGGAGGAUAAUAAGGAUGUCAGCAGGACACUCUCGGCCAGCGAGAAGCGUUCACGUAAACACGACGUUUGGCGACAGCGAUUUAUGACGUCACUGAUGAAGGCGGGGCUACACAUGGAGGAGGAGACGGAGGAGACGGGGAAGAAAGUGAUCUGUUUCAUCAAGUUAAGCGCCCCCUGGCCUGUCCUCUGUCACUUUGCUGAGGAGCUCAGUAUGAGAGCCCCAUUACAGGUUCUAAUGGCCGGUGUGUUGCAAAACAUAAGACGAGUUGACCACCCAAUCCUUCCUGCACACAACAACCCCUCCACCAACUGGUCUGAAGUCAUCCUUGAGCGGAUCCGUCUCCCUAACCUGAUGGCCGAGGAUGUACCCAAUAAACCUCUCGAUUACUUCACCUGCGCCUUCAAGAAGUCCAAAAUAGACAGAAAAGUCAUAACCAAGUUCCUGGGAAGCGACAAUCCUGACCAGUACUUCACCAACACCCAGAGGUCGAGGAUUGUGCACGAGAUCCUCUCCACGGCGACCUUUGGUAAGAGGAAGAAGGGCGAGAUAGGCAUCGAGAGGCUGGUGGAGGAAGGUGUUUAUAAUGCUUCCUUCCCUCUCCAUGAUGGGCCGUACGAGUAUCCUGUUGGAUGUCGCGACCCAACACGGCUCAACCCCCGCCAGGUGCUGUACCACUACUGGGCUCGCUGGGGGAAGUGGUACAAGUAUCAGCCUCUUGACCACAUCAGGGAAUACUUCGGCGAGAAGAUUGGUAUUUACUUUGCCUGGCUAGGUCUGUACACUGGAUGGUUACUGCCAGCAGCCAUCGUGGGUCUGCUGGUGUUCCUCUACGGGGUGUUCACCAUCAACUACAACACUCCGGCCAAUGAGAUCUGCAACAACCCUGGAACCUUCAAUAUGUGUCCACUGUGUAACGAGAAUCUUGGCUGUGUGUUCUGGGAUCUAAAUGAUAUCUGUGUCAAUGCCAGGAUCUCCUACCUCUUCGACCAUCCCGGCACUGUAUUUUAUGCCAUAUUCGUGUCGUUCUGGGCUGUGUCCUUCCUGGAGUACUGGAAGAGGAAGAGUGCCUCCCUCGCCCACCACUGGGACUGUCUGGACUUCCAGGAGGAGGAAGAACGACCCCGGCCAGAGUUUGCUGCCAAGGCCCCGUGUCAAGAGAAGAACCCCAUCACAGGCGUCCGUGAACCUUCCUUCCCAAAGUCUAUCAGAACCAAAAGGAUCAUGGCGGGUGUUGGCCUCAUCUUUAUCAUGAUGAGUUUGGUGAUCAUCUUCAUCGUCGCUGUCAUCAUCUACAGGGUGUUAGUGUCCAUCCCUCUCUUCCGUAGUGACGCUCUCAGGUCACAGGCUCAAGCAAUAUCUUCACUCUCAGGCGCUGUUGUCAACUUCAUCAUCAUCAUGUGUAUGGGUAGAGUGUAUGAAAAGCUGGCCUAUAGACUUACUACCUGGGAGAUGCACCGGACACAGUCAGAGUUUGAGGAUAAUCUCACCUUCAAGGUUUUCAUCUUCCAAUUUGUCAACUUCUAUUCGUCCAUCUUCUACAUCGCUUUCUUCAAGGGUCGCUUUGUUGGCUACCCGGGCCACUACCACCAGAUUCUUGGACUACGUAAUGAGGACUGUUCGGCUGGUGGCUGCCUGAUCGAGCUGGCACAACAGCUGGCAGUGAUCAUGAUUGGUAAACAAGUGGUGAACAAUGCCCAAGAGAUCCUUGUCCCCAAAGCUAAGGCGUGGUGGCACAAGAAGCAGGUAAAAAUGCGUCACAAAGCCAGAACCCGGUGGGAGGCGGACUACCAGCUGAUUGACAACGAGGGACUCUUCCAAGAGUAUCUUGAGAUGGUGCUGCAGUUUGGCUUCAUCACCAUCUUCGUGGCAGCCUUUCCACUAGCACCACUCUUUGCACUUCUCAACAACUGGGUGGAGAUCCGACUUGACGCACAGAAAUUUGUUUGUGAGACCCGACGAGCCGUGUCUGAACGUGCACAAAAUAUUGGCAUCUGGUUCACCAUCUUGGACUUCAUGGCUCAUCUUGCCGUCAUCAGUAACGCUUUCCUCAUCGCCUUCACAUCAGAGUUUCUGCCGCAGCUGUUGUACAAGUAUGAAUAUGACUGGUCUCUCACUGGCUACGUCAACUUCACUCUGGCUACUGCACCCAACAACACCCUCACUAAGGAGUGCAGGUACCGCGGCUACCGAGACUCCCACGGCAACCACACAUUAUUCUUCUGGCGGCUGCUAGCCAUCAGGCUGGGCUUUGUCAUUGCCUUUGAGCAUGUGGUGUUUGGGGUUUGUCGCCUGAUUGACAUCUUGGUGCCAGAUGUUCCUCAGAGUCUUGAGAUAAAGAUGAAGAGAGAGCGGUACCUGGCCAAGCAGGCCCUGGCUGACUCUGACACUAUCAUGAAGGUUGCCCAGGGGAAAGAUGAUGAUGAGGAUGAUAUUGCUGCCACAAAUGAUAUCAACAUUGCCAUGAACGAUGGUGAGUCUACAUCUGUAGCGAUCCCUCCUACUGCCCCCAUCCCCACCACCCAGCCCACACCUCCUGUCAAAGGAUCUCCGACAUUCUCUUCGUACGACUUUGAAAACGCGAGGGUGUCUCCAACAACGACCCCAUACACCAAGAUGUCUCCCUCCAGCCGACCGUCAUCAUAUGCCAACAGCUCCAACACCGACACUCCAUCCUCAUCAUCUUCCCACUCCAAGAAUCAGUAUUCGUCUUUCAGCAACAAAAGUCCUCCGUGUGGCCCCUCCAACGGCAACAACGGAGGCACGUCAGAAGCCCCCUCUUCUAAGAGUCGCCACAGCUCCCACUUCACCCACAAGUUACCCCCGCGUCCUCCGAUAUAACAGUCCACCGCCCUCACCCGUCCCAUCGUCGUGUACAAGCAAACAUCGGUGUAACGAGCUUCUGCACGACGCACUUGAGUUGUUCUUUGGUUGAGGCGCUCUGGUGUUGUCUUAGAAUGUAAGAAUUGGAUGAAGACAAGCCAAGAUAUAUACUGAGGAUUAGAUUUAUGGAUAAUGGUAGUACAGUAUAAGUGUAGUGCACUGACAUAUCAGUUAUAAAGGAGAGCAGAAUAAUCUCCCUCACCCGAGGUCUGGAGAAGGCCAAGAAAUGUUCCUCUCCGAUAAUGAUAAGAAUAUUAAGUUGGGUCGUCUCCCACGUGCACAAUACACCUGGGGUAAUAUAACACUUAGGUUGUUCAUCCUCCAACACAAAGAUGCUCGAGUGCCUUGUUGUUUCUUCUCUAUGUUUAUGGUUUAUAGUGACUGACGGGUGGCGGCUGUGUCUUGACUCCUGUCACUAUUGUUGACAAAAAGUACAGUUGUCUGAUCGAGGAAAUAUACAAGAAUUAUGAAAAUUUUAAUAAAGUUCCAUGUCAACUAUUUGAAGAAUCUCUAUAUGUAGGAAUCUAUGCUAAUUAUAUAAAUAAUUUCACCAUAAAGUUCUUUACUGAUCUACAUUAAAUGUAAGUGAAUGUUGAACAGUUUACAUAAUCUUUCUGUACCGGGUGAACAUUGAACAGUUAAAUUAUACAAUAAAACACCUGAACUCUUGAAUUAGAUAGUCAGGUUUGUCAUAUAUCGUUGGUACAAGAUGAACAGCUGCCUCCACCUGGUACCGCACCGCUACCAGUAUUGUUGGUAGGUGAGCAACAACAGCCACAUUUUGGCUGAGGAAACGUAGAAAUAAUGCAGGUUAUUGUGGACUACAAAGGCUCCUUUAUGGUGACACACUUGAGGUGGUCCAUACACUUUAUCUACCUUGGACUAAACCUGAGCAAUAUUUUACCUUUAUCAUCUGUUAUAAAUCACCAGAAAUAAAGUUUACAAGGGGUAUUACUAAUUGAUCUUUUCUUUUUAAUUAGGUGUUACACAAAGAAACUUUAACAAUAUCCAAUAAUAUUAAUAAACAAAAUGUGAAGUGUGAGAGUUGUCUUAUUAUUGAAUGAUGCUUUAGUCGUCAUCUGAUGUAUUGUACGAGUCCAGGACCUGUGGUUACACUCACCGCCUCACGUGUGUCACACUCGGCCUCGGUUCACACAACAAAUUCGUGAUAAAACUGAUAUAAUUUCAAUAUUUCUCAUUCCUAGUGCUCUUGUUUAGUUCUACUGAGCUCUACAAUAACCGCCAUGUUACAUAUAAGUCAAAUCAUCAUUCUAAUUCCUCCAUUUUAUCAUUACAUGUAUAUCACUAAUGCAUUGUUUAUAUCAGUAUUCUGAUCAUCAUAUAAUAAUAUACAACACACAAUAGUGGUCAUAUAAGACAUUUACUGUAAAUGUGAAACAUUUUAAUUUGUUGCUAAUAUUCUGCAAUCGGGAUCUAAAAGAGAAACAGACUUUCCUUUUGACACGGCUAAUAAAAACUAAACUGUAAGCAUGGUACAGUAUAGUACACCCAUUUCCUCAUCACAUGUUAAGGUAUUAGAUGCAAUAUGGACACAAAGACAGCAUCAAUUCUGUAAACAAUACAUUAUUUAAUUUAUCACACAGUUUCCCCAUUUGACCUCACACAGCUGAUGGUGAGCUGACCUUGUUGCUCUACUCACUAACCCUAAACAUCACCUUAUGGGUCGAAAUUGUCAUUCUAUACAUAUUCUUUACCUUUGAUUUGCUCAGACACACACACACACACACACACACACACACACACACACACACACACACACACACACACACACACAAAAGCUGUAUAAUCACUGACAAUGAAAUACAUGAAAGUUCACUUGCUUCUCUGUACCCUUGGUACCUCUGUCUCUCACCCCUUCAAUGUGUCUGGCAGCUGACGGCCUUGCACCCCCAGUACAGUAUUUGUCAACAGUGAGUAACAGAGAAAUGACCAACUGCCCAACCAGCUCAUGAACUGACCAAAAGGAAAGAGUAUAAGUGUAUACCAAGGUUUUCUCUCUCU